AUGUUUAUUCAUGAAGUUGAUUUAAAUUCAUAUGAUAUUUUAUUAUCAUUAAUUAAAGAUGAUAAUUUAACACAAAAAAUUAUAUCAAUUAGUCUUGAAAAACUUUUAAUAGUUGAACAAACAAUAAUUGAUAGUUCAUCAAUAAUAUCAUCAUCAGAUAAUAUUCUUAUUGAACUUGUUGAAGAAUUAUAUGCACAUACAAAACAAUCAUCAACAUUACCAUAUGAAGCUUUACUUUUAUUACGUCCUUUAUCAUUAUUACUUGCACACAUUAGUUUUUUUUUCGUGCUUUAA